CACAUGUCACUCUGAACUUGUUUCCCUUUCAAUUCAGGAGUGUGUAAGAGAGGGACGAAUGUUCCCUGUCCUAUCUCAUAAUACUUCAUGUGCAUUUUUGUUCCAUUAUGGGAAGGGUAGACUUUUGAAUUCUUGCAUUAACACUUGUACUUUCAGUCUCUCCUCUAUAACUUCUGGGCUUCUGGCCCAUGUGAACCAUUUAUUGUGUGCUUUUUUCAUUUCAUAAUAUAUCAUUCCAUUCCUCUUUACUCUUUAGCCACCCCAUCUCCUCUUCCUUCCUUCAACAUCUAUCUCACCAACUUUUUCUCUAUUCAACAACAACAACCUAUUAUGCUUGAGCUUAUCUCAUUUUACACUACAACAGUUCCAUCAACUUUGUCAUAUCUCAAUCCCUUCUUCUCGUCCUUCUGAUUUCCAUCUAUUUUCUUGUUCAACAUGGCUACCCUUUUGAAAAUUUUAUCUCUUUUGGUGCUCCUUUUGAUCCCAGUUUCAUGCCAAGUUGACCAGGUUCUCUAUUCUGGAUUCAAGGAUGUAGGUGCCAGUAACCUAACCAUGAAUGGGGUGACUACAAUAGAGCGCAAUGGAAUACUCAAACUGACAAAUGAAUCCAGCAGGUCAAUAGGUCAUGCUUUUUACCCAUCACCUUUUCAACUAAAGAACUCCACAAGUGGUAAAGCUCUCUCCUUUUCUUCCUCUUUUGCUUUUGCUAUUGUCCCUGAAUACCCCAAGCUAGGUGGCCAUGGCUUGGCCUUCACAAUAGCAACUUCUAAGGAUCUCAAGGCUCUACCAAAUCAGUACCUUGGCCUCCUUAACUCAAGUGAUAAUGGUAACUUCUCUAAUCACAUCUUUGCUGUUGAGUUUGACACUGUGCAAGACUUUGAGUUUGGGGACAUUAAUGACAACCAUGUUGGAAUAGACAUCAAUAGCAUGCAGUCCAAUACUUCUGCCAAUGUUAGUUUGGUCGGUCUCACUCUCAAAAGUGGGAAACCAAUUCUAGCUUGGGUUGAUUAUGAUUCUAGAUUGAAUCUUAUAAGUGUUGCACUUUCUCCAAAUUCAUCCAAGCCCAAAACUCCUCUCUUAACCUUUAAUGUGGAUCUCUCACCCGUUUUUCAUGAUACGAUGUAUGUUGGGUUCUCUGCAUCAACUGGUUUGCUUGCUAGCUCCCAUUACAUCUUGGGUUGGAGCUUUAAAAUCAAUGGUCCGGCACCACCCCUUGAUCUCUCUUCUCUCCCACAGCUUCCAAAGCCAAAGAAGAAACAAACAUCUUUGAUAAUUGGGGUUUCUGUCUCGGUUGUUGUUAUUGUCUUAUUAGCCAUCUCUAUUGGCAUUUACUUCUACAGAAAAAUAAAAAACGCUGAUGUGAUUGAAGCGUGGGAGCUUGAAAUUGGGCCACAUAGAUACUCCUAUCAAGAGCUCAAGAAGGCCACUAGAGGUUUCAAGGACAAGGAGCUACUUGGGCAGGGUGGUUUUGGCAGAGUUUACAAAGGAACAUUGCCAAAUUCCAAGAUCCAAGUAGCCGUGAAGCGAGUUUCACACGAAUCCAAGCAGGGCCUGAGGGAAUUCGUGUCGGAAAUCGCCAGCAUAGGCCGGCUUCGCCACCGGAAUUUGGUUCAAUUGCUCGGCUGGUGUCGCCGCCAGGGCGACCUCUUGCUUGUGUAUGAUUUCAUGGCCAAUGGGAGCUUGGAUAAGUACUUGUUUGAUGAGCCAAAGAUUAUCCUAAAUUGGGAGCAUAGGUUCAAGAUCAUAAAGGGUGUUGCUUCAGCUCUUAUGUAUCUUCAUGAAGGCUAUGAGCAAGUGGUGAUACAUAGAGAUGUGAAGGCCAGUAAUGUGCUGCUAGAUUUUGAGCUGAAUGGAAGACUAGGUGAUUUUGGAUUGGCAAGGUUGUAUGAACAUGGUGCCAACCCAAGCACCACAAGAGUGGUGGGUACAUUAGGGUAUUUGGCACCUGAAUUGCCUAGAACAGGAAAAGCAACUACAAGCUCUGAUGUUUUUGCAUUUGGGGCACUUUUGCUCGAGGUGGUUUGCGGGCGUAGGCCGAUCGAGCCUAAGGCGUUGCCGGAAGAGAUGGUGUUAGUGGAUUGGGUGUGGGAAAAGUACAAACAAGGGAGAAUACUUGAUGUGGUGGACCCAAAACUAAAUGGCCAUUUUGAUGAGAAGGAGGUGAUGGUGGUGCUGAAAUUGGGGUUGAUGUGCUCAAAUGAUGUGCCUGCUGCUAGGCCUAGCAUGAGGCAAGUGGUGAGGUAUUUGGAUGGGGAAGUUGAGGUGCCAGAGGACUUGAAAAAACCAGGGGCAGUAAGCCACCAUGAGGGGUUUGAGGAGUUCUUGCACUCACUUGCAUCUUCUUCAUUUGAUAAGAUGAGUUCAGGUUCCAACUUUGGAAAUAGAGACAUGGAUUCUAGUUUUCUUUCCUUUUCUAAUUCACCUCAUUCCCUUCUCCAUGGUAGUGGGGAAACUAGGUGAUUCUGCAUUAUUAUACUGAGCUGUGAUAUAUACUUUCUUUACUUAUCUUUUCUCACUUGAGAAUUUUCAUUUGUUUUUACAUGCUAUGAUGUAUGUCUCAAUUAUAGAAGAUCUUGGAUAUGAUGAAAUGAAAAAAAAACUAGUAAGUUACAAUUGCUA